AUGUUGAAAAUUCUAAAUUUUACAAACCAUUUUGAAAUAGAUUGCGACAUUACAACUUGGGGAGAGAACUGUACACAGAAUUGCAGUACUUUGUGUAAAAACAGCAGCUGCGACUACUUUACGGGACAAUGUAAGAAGGGAUGCAAGAGUGGACACUGGGGUGAGUUUUGUAACGAAAGCUGUGGUCAAAAUUGUGCUGACCAAACAUGUGUACAAGAGACAGGGGACUGUUAUGGAGGCUGCAAAGAAGGAUACAAGCCACCAAACUGUAAAGAGGCUUGUUCACUUGGAAACUACGGAUUCAACUGUUCUGAAAAGUGUAGCAGUCAAUGUCGUAACAGUUGCGAACCUACAUCUGGAGAGUGUAUCAAUGGAUGUAAAGAUGGAUACGCUGGUCCUAAUUGUAACAAAAUUUGUGAAAGUGGCACAUAUGGUGCUGCUUGCAGUCAAACUUGUAGUCCGUUUUGCAACGGGUUACGAUGUCACCACAUCAGUGGCAAUUGUUAUGGCGGCUGUACUAAAGGUUAUAUGAAUCUGUUAUGCAAUGAAACCUGUCCAUCUGGAUACUAUGGACUGCAUUGUACUGGGGAAUGUAGUACUCACUGUAAUGAGAGUAACAAGUGUGAUCAUGUCGAUGGCACCUGUUUUAACGGAUGUAAAGAUGGAUUCUUGGGAUCAACUUGCAUAUCUGUUUGCACAAGAAAUACUUAUGGUCAAAACUGUGCUCAAAAUUGUAGUUUGCAUUGCGCAACAAAUAAUUCAGCCUCACGAUGUGACCACAGAACUGGUGAAUGUCUGGUAGGAUGUGUGCAAGGAUACAAACAGCCUUUUUGUUUGGAAAGGAUCCCAUCUGAAGGGUCUUUAUUGACUGUGAUCUUAUUGAUUUGUAUCGUUCUUCUGUUAGCGCUCAUCGUUGUGGUGAUACUUUUCAACAAGGAGGCGAGGUCAAAAAUGUAUACACAAUGUGAAAAUCUUAGCAGAACUAACUCAAACAAAACAUAUUCCAAUAUGAAAGAUGUCCCAGUCCAACAACUUCCAACAUCAAUAAGUGUCAAAGACCUGGGUUCAUACAUCAACACACAUAGCAGUGAUUUUUUCCAAGAUGAAUUCAAGAGAAUUUCCGGACCUGCCAAUGUUACUUAUGAAGUAGGACUAAGUGAACAAAAUAACAGAAAGAAUCGCUAUAAAAACAUUAUUCCAUACGAUCAUUCUCGCGUCCAUCUCCAGACCAUAACAAAUGAACUCGAGGACUACUAUAUCAAUGCAUCUUAUGUUAAGGAUCAUCAAAAUCAAAACAAAUAUAUUGCAACACAAGGGCCUAACUUUGUCAGUCUGAAUGAUUUUAUCCGGAUGUUAUGGGAACUGAGAGUAGAACAGGUUGUCAUGUUGACCAAUCUAGCUGAGGAUUCAAAGGUGAAGUGUGAACAAUACUGGCCUAAGUCUGGAACCAAAGAAUAUGGGACAAUAGAAGUUCGAUUAACUCAUACUAAGAACUUUACCAACUACAUUGUGCGAUUCUUGGAGCUUGUCAAGGAUAAGGAGGUACAAAAAGUGACUCAGUACCACUAUAUCUCUUGGCCUGACCACGGUGUACCCUCGUCUCCCUGGGCACUAGUUGAGUUUGAACAGAGAGUCUCCGCUAUAAAGACGAGUACACCCCUGGUUGUGCAUUGCAGCGCUGGUGUAGGUCGUACCGGCACAUUCAUAGCUCUACAAAAUAUCCUGCAGCAGGCUGAACAAACAGGUCAAGUUGACAUAUUCUCUAGUGUAGUCAAACUUAGACAAGACCGACUGUUAAUGGUUCAAACAGCGGGUCAGUACGAGUUCUUACACGUAGCAGUCCUCGGUGCCAUCGCUUGCUCAAAAGCAACAUUGCAUAUUUCUAACAUCAAAUAUCUACCAGACAAUCAGACAUUGAAAAAUGAAUAUCUGACAGUGUGCAGUGUUAUCUCCACUUUGAGCAGGACAAAGGAAGAAGAAGAUAAUCUGGAAGAAGAAAACGUCAAUGAAAGUGAAAAUGUGUAUGAGAAUUUCAAAACAGAUUUAAGAAACAGAUUUCCUACCAUAGUCCCAAGUGACAAAGACAGACCAAUGCUCAGCUGUGAACCAAAAGACAACGGGGACUACAUCAACGCAGUUUUUAUUCAGAAUUUUGACAAGAAAUCCAGGCAUAUUGUUACCCAGCUGCCAAUGCCCACCACUGUUGUUGAGUUUUGGAGACUCGUGACACAAUACAAUGUAUCAGUCCUUGUAGCUUUUGAGACAGACUCUAUGGUGAAAGAUAAAACUGUUUCCAAAUUUGCACCAAGUUCUGCCGAGAGUGCUCUAAAGUGUGGUCCUUUUAAUGUGCACAACCUGUCAUACACAGACGACAAUCUUUGGGAUGAACAAUCUUUACAAGUUCAGUCAGAUCUAGCAAAAGAAAAGUUGAUUAGUGUCACUUGCCUGUAUGUCAAGUUUACAGACCUGGAUACAAGGAAACAUGUAUCACUUCUUAAGAAACUAUCUUCAUAUAAACUACAGAAAGAUCAGAAAAUUGUUUACAUGUGCAGAAAUGGUGCAACGUACAGUGGCUUCCUGUGUGUCCUGUCCUUGCUGAUGGAGAGACUUGAGACGGAGUCUUCCUUUAAUGUACCACUUAUUGUUGGAGCCACUAAAACUGUUCGUCCGGAAGUAGUGCCAACUUUUAGCCAGUAUAAAGCCAUCUACGAAAUCCUUGCCAGCUACAACGAGAGACAAGAUGAAAAUCACUUGCCUGUGUCUGUGAAGGUCAAUAAUCCAAUAUUCGAUGAGUCUCAAACGGACGAUGCUAAUAUUUAUUGCAAUGUUUAGUUAGUCUUCAACAAUAGAGCUAAUAUGUCAUUAUUUGGUUUUAUUGGGGAGCGUGGUCGAGAGGCUAAGUACGCUUGAACUUGGAUUGACUUGGCUCGAGGUUCGACACCCGACUCAAGCAGAUUUGUGUUUACUAAAAGCCUAAAGGCAGCACGGAAAACCUACUCCCAGAUACCCACCUCCCCCUCUCUGGUCCACAAAUGAGAUUGGACCAUACUCCAUAGCGCUCUGACCUAAAAGCACGAAAGUAGCGUUAUAUAAAAGCUGUAAUUUAAUUUUAUUUGUUUUUCUUUUUUAAAAUAUAAACUUGUAAUAAUGUUUUUACAUUGUAAGUUAUGUUUUUGUGAUUUUAUAGACUCACCGGCUCUUCUGAAGGACGCAACAUUUUUUUAGCGUCUCAAAUGUAAACUAAUUUUUGUAGUUUUAAUUUUUUGUAGCCACAUUUCUUUAAAAUUUACCAAUUUUUCUUUUUUUUAAAUAUAUCCUUGUAAAAUUUCAUUUAAAUUGUAAGUUAUGUUUUUGUGAUUUCAUAGGUUUGAUUUUUUUUUAAGGACGCAACAUUUUUUGAGUCUCUAAUGCAAACUAAUUUUUGUAAUUUAAUUAUUUUGCUCCAGAUUUCUUUAAAAAAAAUCCACCAACUAAUGAGCUAAAGGCUUUGGUCUAGAUGCCCUUCAAAACAACUUUUUUAGCAUAGGCCUAAAACAAUCAAUACUUGCAUAAAAAAAAACAUUUUGGGUUGGUAUAAAUUUAUUUUUAAAAGAAAUGAUUAUUAGAUUAAAAGUAUAUAUGAAUUAGUGCAAUUAUUUUUAGUAACAUAUUUUUUUACAAGAAUGCUAUGAUGAAGAUGUUAUACUUUCGGGACUUAUUGUCCACUAAUUGCAUACUCAAAAUUUCCACAAUAUGCUCAUUGUAUAUACUAUAUCUUUAUAAAAAUGUAUUUUGACAUUUUCGGAUGUUUUCAGGCUAGUUAUCAUUUUUUAAUAUACUAUGUGGUUAGUACAUUAAAAAAAUUAAACAUUAAAUAACAUGUAAAGUAAAACUGUAUUCUGUUCAUUGCCAGUAGUUUGAAGGCUAACAAAACAAACACGCACAAAAAUAAAUUUAAAUCUAUUAAAAAUUUUUGAGUAUGUGUAAUUUUUGUUACACCGUAUAUUUAAUAAUUUGGUAAUUAAAUUGGUAUUAAGCUUUGUAAAUUUGACGAGAAUGACUUUAACGUCGCUUUAAAUACAUACAAAUAAAACAAUGUCUUGAAAUAUACUGUAAAGAGGCCUAAAAAUUAUUCUCACAAAGCUUCUAUAAAGCUUCACUGUGUCUAUAAGGAUUCUUGUUCAUACUUUCCCACUUCCCAUUCUCGGAUCAAGUUCAAAUUUUGCAAAUUUAUAGUCAAGGACAAUACAAGAAUACAUUCCAAAAAUAACCAAAUUAGUUAAUCAAUUUAAUAGAUUUUGAUUUAUAUAUACUAAGGGGAAAUAAACCAUUCAGUAUUGACUUAUAAAUAUAUAUCUUAUCUUAUCUUAUAAAAUACAGACGUUACUUCAAAAAAGAAGAUGAUUACGUCCAACGCGUCAUGCAUUUAGUCAUGCAUAUUAACCAAUGACCUAAAUACUGCUAAGUCACUGGUUUUCCUGGCUAGCCCAGGCAACCCAUUCCAUGCUCUAGUAGUACUAGGGAAGAAGGAGCAUUUGUACAAAUUUGUCCUAGCAAAGGGGACGAGGAAUGUGCCUUUAUCUCUGUGUCUUUCAGGGUAUUUUAUUAAAUUUUCUUUUUGUAUUUGAA